AUAUAAGGUGCGUAGAGCGGCACGAAUAUCUCAGAAAUGUUUAUUGUGAUAGCAUGCCUUUGUCUUACACUCAUUCACAAUAUAUCCGGUUUGAUUCCCCCGGCUGCUCUGUUUGUGGGGAUGGGAUACAAUUUUCUGAAAGGAAAUCCAGAUGGUGAUAGCCAUAUUAACGCAGGAAAAGAUCCGGGGCUCUUGAUGACGCGUCAGAUUCUGAAGUUAGACCCGCCUGAUUCUCCCCGCGAACUCUCCUACCAUGAGUAUCCACUGUGUUUUCCCACACACUAUAAAGAGGUGUUUUACAGCACCAAGUCCUACCAAACUAGACUCCUGCAUGAUCUUAUAGAUAUCGGAAAUACUACAAGAAAUAUCACCAACCAUGCAUUCUCUUUAAGCGAAGGCUUUCGAACAAUCACUUCGGAUACUCAACAGGAGAGUUAUUUCUAUAUUGAUGAAGUCAGACUCUGUAACAAAGGUAGAUCCAGGUUCAUGUCCAGCUUAGCACACAGCCGUAGGUUCGACAUCGGAGACGAGUUUGCAGCAACUGUUUGUUCACUUCCCAGAACUUAUGACCAACAGACCUACAUGAACUUCCUGGAGGAUUGGGGAACACAUGUUGUCAUGGAAGUGGAGAUUGGUUGGGAGAACAGAACAAGAAAGAGGAUAGCAGUAAAAGACAUCAUAGAGUCUCUAAUUAAAACUAACCCAGACUUACUGGUACCGACAGGUUCUUCAAGAAAACACACGUCUUCAACCUCCUUGUCAAAAACAUUCCUUGAUAAUUCAACCUCCCUUGAUUCAUUUGCCUCCAAGAUGAUCACCAUUUCGUCUAUGUCAAAGGGCAGUGAGCAAGUCAGCGAACCAAUCAAAUACAAGGUUAUAAGCAUAGACAAACUGUUGGAUAUAGAUUAUUGGCAGUUACCAAAGGAUAUAGUACAUAAACAACUUUGUACAUCGGGUUUCGACAGUUUCCUACCUGUGAAACAACGAAAUAUUCAGAAAGCUCUAAGUCUGUAUGCAGAAUUUCUUAAUGCACCGUCUGCAAAAGAUUCUAGUCCGGAAUAUCUGGUUUCCUGGCCAUCUCCACCAUUUGCACUUCCGGAACCUGUAAAUGGCUGUCCUAAAGAUAAUGGUCCAUGGAGAGUUGGAAAUCUCACCCACCAACUUUCGACUCGCAUCGAUUUAUUUCCAAACAAUACCUUUCAUUAUCAGUAUGAACUUCAUUUGAAAGGACAACAUAAUGCAACAUUCCUCAAUAUGUUGUACUGCGGCCUAAAUUCCUCCAGCGACUCCUCCAAUCCGUGGCCACAGGGUUCUUACUGCAUCGCUCAAGUCUCAAACAAUUGUCCACCAGGAUUUUAUAGCGGAACCAUUACUUAUAGUCUGUAUCCCAGAGAACAGUACCUGUCUACUAUCUACGACCAGUCACUGAAGUUUUCAGGAAAUAUACCGAAACUGGAAGCAACAGCGGGACAGUUCUAUAAAAUGUAUUACUGUUGCAGAAAUGACGGAAAUGUUGACCAGCCAAUAAUUCUACCUCAUCAAGAACCAUUCUACCUUUAUCCUGAGCACAGGACAAAGAAAUGCCAAAAAGUGCUGGGCAUGCGCUCUACUGACGAGUGGAUUAAGUAUCCCUACGCAGGGAGCUCAAGAUACAGCAGCUGUUCAUGUGCUAGUGGUUAUUAUUACAACGCGUGUCAACCGUAUGAUGAAGACUGCAAUCAAUACCACAAAGUCCAUUACUGCUUCUACACAAAAGAUACAUCAAUCUCAAGUGUUAGUGUAUUCGGUUGAAAAUCUAAGGCAUUGUAU